AUGAAAGUGCCACACCGUUCUACCAAAGAUAUGUCCAGCCGUUUCCUGCUGCUACUCCUGUGCAAUGUUUUCGGUGUCCUCAGCGAUUCGUAUGCUGCUGCUCACCAACCUCUGGAAAAUAUUACCACUGGUAAUGAGUUGUGGUCGGGGUUGGUGAAGGACUGUGAAAAACCUACCGCAGCUUGCAUCAAAAACAGCAUCUACGACUAUCUCAAAGACACUUUAGACUACCCUAGUGAUGUGCAGUUCACAAGUUUCCUCAGGUUCUCCAGAAACUUCGAAAACUACACCAAAGCCGAUUCUGCUGCCUCUGAACCUAGUGGAGCUGAUCGCUCCUUCACAGAAGAAACACCCUUGGAAGAGAUAUCACGGUCUUUGAAAGAAACCUCUCGGAAGUUCCUGAUGACUCACGAUCUCGAACUGCAACUUCCGGAAACUUUUUUUUCUGGAACUACCCUUAAAAUAUCUCCGAGGUCAGUCGAUGACAGUUCAGAUGGGGUUGGUACUUUGGUGAAACUAGAGCUGUUCAAUAAAGAAGCCGAGGGUAGAUCAAGCAACUCUAUUGGCGAAGGGAGGAUUUUCAUCAAAAAAAUCCAAGAGUACAUCGGCGAGAGGCUUCUCUUAGCCUUCCUGGCCAUCUUGGUGGUGAUCAAACUGCUAGCCGUCAAGAUCCUCUUCGUACUUCCAGCCAUCAUCGGCGUGGCAGCUGCCAAAAAACUCAUCCUCAAGAUCGUCCUCUUCCUAUUCCCAGCUCUCCAUCACCUCUUCAAGCUCUGCGCCUAUACCCCCUAUGGAGCAAAGCACCACAUCCACAAACACCAGAUUUCGCACAUCCACCAGGUGGCUCAUGGACAUAAGAACCAUCCGUACAAGCAUCACUACGAAGAUGGUCCCCCAGGUCACCACUAUGGGGAUGGUCCCCCAGGUCACCACUAUGGGGAUGGUUCCCAAGGUUAUGGCUACGAAGAGGGUCCACCGGGUUAUCAUCACGAGCAUGGUGGCUAUGACGAGCCUGAAUUGAAUCCUUCUGGACCCUAUUUCGGAAAUGAAAUAAUCUCGCACAGGAGAGACCCACAAGAAGAAAACGAAGUGGACAGUUGGGGUCAAGGUCAAGAAACAAGACGGCCGAAACCAGACACCAGAAAACCUCUCACUUCCACCGAAAUAGAAAACAUCGUACUCAAGGCCGAAAAGGAAGCUCUGAUAAAAUCACGACUGCAGAAGGAGAAACAACGGAUUCACGAAGAGAACCUCAGACUACAACACCAACUGAACAACGCGUUGAAACUUCAGGAGAAACUCAAGCAACAAACUUCUUUCUACAGCGCCAAAGUACCUUCCUCUACCAAGACACGUUAUCCUGCUACCCCAUUAGUACCACCACCUCGACCGCCUCCCAAUAAAUUCCUGCAGGGUCCUUUUGCCGAACCACCAUAUAGCCCAAACUCAUUCGGAAACUCCUUGCAAGCCCCCAUCAGAGUCGGAAAUGCUGUGAGGAACGGGAAUUCGAUCGGACCUCAGAAUGCUGCAGCAAGUACUCCUAUUGGACAGCACAAUGCUGCAGCAGUAUAUUCGAUUGGACAGCAAACUGCUGGAGGUGGACAAUCGAUAGGCCAGCAUAACGCUGUGGUAUCAAAUCUGGUGGGAUUCAAGAAUGCUGUUGGACUAAGCAGCACUGCAGGUCAUAGUGACCCAAUGGGAAUAAGUGAUUUUGUGAAACAUAAAACUUCCCAAUCUCAACAACAAGUUUAUCCAGUCUACAGCCAGAAUGCACCAGAGCAAACCUUCAUUCAGGACUAUCUUCCCAAGCAAACCGAAAGAGUUCCUUCAGUAGAAGUAAUAAAGUCUGUCGAAGUUCCUGAUCUUCCCGAGAAGCCCCAAGGAUCAAGAUUAGAUAGACCAUUCGAUUCCUUUCCGGAAUUUGAGAAGAGCAAACCACAAGGACCCAGCAGGAGCCAGUAUGAAGAUUCCUUCCCAGAGUUUGGAGGAAACCAACCACAGAAUGAGCCACAACAGCCUAGCAGGAACCAAUACGAAGAUGAGAUAUAUAAAGCUGCUUCAGUAACUUACGAUGCGUUUUACAGUCCAAUUCUAGAGAAGAUAGAUAAAGUGCUGAAUGAUCUUGACUUCAUCGAGGAACCAUGUAGAGAGAGGUUGAUUUGUAGCAUGUACAAAAAUCCUACUAAGUUCAGUCCACAUAGUAAUCUACUUUCAACAGAACUAAGCAGAGACUCGUCGGAACUGAAGAAACCUACAUCAACGAAUUCAGCUGUGGUCAGAUUCUAUAAAUAUGUCCAGGCUGCUAGAGAUGGUCAAGACAAAAGAGACUGUAUAAGACUUUAUCCAGCUUGUGCUGUGAACACAGAAGCUGAAUGA